GUCCAAUCAAUGCUCAUCUGCAAAGACCACGAUUGAACAGUGAGGCACGAGACAACUCAACACGAUUAGCACCGGCUGUCAGCAGUAGUGGGACAGGCGUUUCGCCUCGUAUAGACACGUCUGUCGUCAACGACCAGACUGUCAUUCCCAAUUUGAACUUGGAAGACGAAAAGCCAAUCGCGUCAGGCAAUGGCGUUAGCAUGGGCAUCCAUCUGGCUGAGCCAGUGCUAUACUUGCAAGGCUUUGACAACUCAGACCACGCUCCCGGUAAUACUGCGAUGUUGAGAGGCGGUCUGCAUCUGCGAGUGUCGAAAAGUGCCAAGAUCAAAGGAAUCACGCUGAAGUUCAAAGGCACUGCUGUCACGAAAUGGCCUGAAGGCAUCCCACCUCGGAAGGUUGAAUUCGAAGAAAAAGAUACCAUCAUGUCGCAUACAUGGCCCUUCUUCAACGCCCAAUUCGAAAGCGCGGAGAAAGGCACCAAUGCAGACCACGUGCAGCUGUUCAAGGAAGGUGCAUCUGCAACAGCCACACGGCUGGACCCGCUUGGCCGUUCGACCGAUACAGGCUCCACGCUCAAUGUUGGCCUGACGUCGAAGGAGGCAAAGAAGCUGGCCAUCAAUGCCAACCAGUCUCGAAGCUUUGAGAAGGGUGGCAAUCACAACCCAACCGUCGCCGCGAAGGGCUACCGCACAUUCCUGCCCGGAGAUUACAUCUACAACUUCGAAUUACCGUUGGACAGUCGGUUACCGGAGACUAUUGACGUCGAGCUGGGAUCCGUCAAGUACGAACUAGAGGCAGUCGUUGAACGGUCCGGUGCGUUCCGCUCGAACCUGGUGGGAACCAAGGAGGUGACACUCAUCCGUGCUCCGUCCGAGGGCUCUCUCGAGCAGGUUGAGCCAAUUGCGAUUAGCAGGAAUUGGGAAGACCAGCUACACUACGAUAUCGUGAUAUCCGGAAAGAGCUUCCCGUUGGGCACAUCGAUACCGAUAGCGUUCAAGCUGACACCUUUGGCGAAAGUUCAAUGUCACCGCAUCAAGGUGCUCAUCACCGAGAAUACCGAGUAUUUUUGCUCGAAUAAGCGUGUGCACCGGAUGGAACCAACAAGGAAAGUGCAGCUUUUCGAGAAGCGUGCCGAUGGACCGCCGACAAGCACAUUUCCGGGAAGUAGCAUGAGAGUCACAGCAGGAGGCGGCAUUCCGUACGAUCAGCGAGCGAGAGCAGCUCGAGGCGAGGAAGUCACACCAGUGGACACCACAAAUCUUUUGGGCAACCUCAACGGUGACUCUAGUGUUGGCCCGACCGAGAUGGAGUUCAAUGUUCAAUUGCCAAGUUGUCAUACGAUGAAAGAUCGAGAUCGCAGUCAGCGACUACACUUCGAUACGACAUAUCAGAACAUUCAGGUGCACCACUGGAUCAAGAUUGUGAUGCGUCUGUCGAAGCCUGAUGCACAAGAUCCCACGAAGCGAAGACAUUUCGAGAUCUCUAUUGACUCGCCGUUCCACAUUCUCUCUUGCCGUGCGACGCAGGCAAAUACGAUGCUACCGGCGUACACAUCCCCUAUGGCCACGCCUUUUAGCUCUCAUCAGUAUGAAUGCGGCUGUCCUGGUGCCGCUCAGCGACGCAACUCACCUACUAGCUUCGUGCCAGGCCUGCACGCGCUCAACAGCAGACAGCAAACGAACAACGAGCAAUCUACAACACCAACGAUCGAAUCACCGGGCCUUGCUCGACCUCCGACAAUCCACGCUGCGAAUCACAUCGGACGACCUCAGGCCAUAAGUCGACAAGGACGACCUCAAUCGAUCGAUCGACCUAUCCAUCUUCUGCGAGCACCAUCAUUCAACCCCCCCGCAUUCGAAGACGAAGAACCACCGCCACCACUCAUCACACCACCUCCGCAGUAUGACAGUAUCGCAAGUCCAACCAGUGGGCUGGCCGAUUACUUUGCGCGACUCAGCGAUGCGUACGACUCGGACAGUGGAGACGAGUCGACCACAAGAAGUGGUAGAGUCAAUGUACCGCUGACGCCUGGCGGAAGAAUCAACCGCAGUAUGGAUAUUGGCAGAGGCUGGGUCCCUGUCGGUGGCACUUGAAGAACAGUACAGGCAUUUUUGACCAUUGGGAAGCGACGACUGAUAUUUCUGGCGUUUUUGGCAGAAAAUAUGGAAAGCGAAGACUGGGGCUUUUGGGGGUUUGGGGGUGAUUUUUCUUGCAAUUAACAACCACCUGUGGAUGAUGAGAAUAUUGUUUAUUUUUU